ACAGCGGAGGCUAUUACAUAUGUACAUGACAAGGUACAGUCUGGGGACAAUCUGAGCACAUUGUGAAACACUGCUCCCUCCUUUCACACCAGUUGUGAUGAAGAAUGAUCUAGACUCGUAACUUUAGCUUGUUGUCUCCACGCAUGCUGCCUGUUUGCUGAGAACAGCAGUGAUGAGAUUCCAAAAAAUCUUCAUCUUUGGGCUCGGCUAUCUUCUCUGUGGUUCUAUUCUCAAGUGUUCCGGAAUAAAGCUGGAGAAUAAUGGAUAUAAAGACAUAGUUAUUGCCAUUAACCCUCAAACCCAAUAUAAUGAACAGCUUAUUGCAAAUAUUCAGGAAAUAGUGACUGCAGCCUCCUCCUACCUUCACCGAGCUACCAAACAGCAAGUUUAUUUUGCAGAUGUGAAAAUCCUUCUGCCUCUAACGUGGCCAGUAGGUUCCCACCCGGUUCAGAGUCCGACGACUCAAUCCUACGAGAAGGCUGAUGUGAUCAUUGCUGAACCAAACCGUAAGUACGGAGAUGACCCAUACACCCUUCAGUAUGGCGGAUGUGGUGAGAAAGGACGGUACAUUCACCUCACACCGAACUUUAUACUGAACAGCAGCCUGGCUUCAGUUUAUGGACCGAAAGAUAGAGUAUUUGUUCAUGAAUGGGCUCAUCUUCAGUGGGGAAUUUUCGAUGAAUAUAACGAAAUGAUGCCCUUCUAUUUUUUUAAUGGAACCAUUGUAAAAACGGGAUGUUCAAAACAGAUUACAGGAGAGACUGCUUUUUGCACAGGCAGCUCCUGUUCACCAUGUGCCACAGAUCCCAAAUCAGGACUGCCGAAACAGAAUUGUGCAUUUUAUCCAGAGAAAAGUCAGACUGCAUCCUCUUCAAUAAUGUUCAUACAAGCACUGUCAAACGUGACUAAAUUCUGUGACGACAGGACUCACAAUCCUGAAGCACCGAAUAUGCAAAACAAAAUGUGCAACUCCAGGAGCACUUGGGAUGUAAUCAGCAAGUCGCAGGAUUUCAGAAACAAUCGCUCACCUUACAGUGGGUCAGUGACACCAACCUUCACACUGCUACAGGCUAAAGACCGUGUGGUCUGCUUAGUCCUAGAUGUUUCUGGGAGUAUGGACCAGGAGAAUCGUUUGAACAGACUCCGACAAGCAGCCGAGAUAUUCUUACUACAGAUCAUUGAAGCAAAGUCACGAGUUGGAAUUGUCACUUUUAAUAGAGCUGCAACUAUCCAAACAAAUUUGCAAUUGAUUGAUAAUGAAGUUGUGAGGAACCAACUUGCCCAGUUGCUACCUACAACAGCGAAUGGGGGGACAAAUAUCUGCUCAGGAGUCCAUUCUGGUUUUCAGGUACUUCGUGGUGAUGACGGUGCUACCAAUGGUGAUGAAAUUGUUUUGCUGACUGAUGGGGAGGACAGUGGAAUAAGCAAUUGCUUCUCAGAGGUGGAACAAAGUGGUGCAGUUAUCCACACAAUAGCGUUAGGACCAAGUGCAGCCAAAGAGCUGGAACAGAUGUCAAUAAGGACAGGGGGUCUACAGUUUUCAGCCACUGAUAAUGUGGAGGCAACUGGAUUAAUCGAUGCCUUCUCUGGAUUAGUAUCAGGAAACGGUGAUGUUAGUAAGCAGUCAAUUCAGCUUGAAAGUUCUGGAACGAAGGUUUACGAUGACAGUUGGUUGAACGGGACAGUUUUCAUCGAUAAGACCGUUGGGAAUGACACAUUUUUUGUCAUUACAUGGCAGAAUCGGAUACCAGAUGUGUCUGUAUAUGACCCCAGUGGAAAGAUGUACAAAAUCAGUGACUUUAGGUUUGAUUACACUGCAAGUACAGCCCGUCUGAGAAUUCCAGGCACUGCUCAGCCAGGACCUUGGAAUUAUUAUAUCCUGAAUCCUGGAAGCGAACAGACCAUAACUAUUGUAGCGACAUCGCGAGCAGUAGCUGAAAAAGUUCCCCCAGUCACAGUCAACGUACACAUCAGUGAAAUGGAUUCGAAAGGUGGAAGAACAAUUUACGCAGAAGUCGCUCAGGGAUUCUCACCCAUCCUGUUUGCAAACGUGACGGUUAUUGUUGAACGCCCCACUGGCCCUCAAAUUGAGCAGGAACUUUCUGAUAACGGCCUGGGUGCUGAUAUUGUCAAGAAUGAUGGGAUUUAUACUAUGUAUUUCUUGAAGUAUUCUGGACUUGGAAGAUACAACUUUAAAGUACGAGUGCACAGAACUGAAGGAACGACAAAGACGGCAAUCCCAAAAGGAGGACAUUCCUUUUAUAUACCGGGAUACGUAGAAAAUGGUAAAAUUCAAACAAAUCCACCAAGACCUCCAGUCUACGUGGACGAUCUGGAGGCUGACUUUGGUGAUAUCAACAGGAUCAAAUCUGGAGGAUCCAUUUCAAUUCCCAAAGUGCCACCCAAUGUUGAUAUUCCACCAUGUAAAGUCACAGACCUUCAAGCAACACUAACUCAAAAUAAAGUUGUGUUGGAAUGGACAGCACCAGGAGAGGACUAUGAUCAGGGAGCAGCGGCUCACUAUGAGAUGAGAAUGAGCGACAACCUCCUCCAGCUACGGGACAACUUCACAACAGCUGCCCUGAUUAACUUGACCGACUUGGAUCCACGCCCGUUUGGAUCAAGGGAAACAGUCACAUUUGUUCCCGAAAGUAUAGAACUGAAAAAUGGGACAUCACUCUACUUUGCGCUCUGUGCCUACGAUAAACAGGAUCAGUCCUCUGAGAUGUCCAAUGUGGCCAGGAUUUAUGUCUUUGUCCCUGUACCUCUGGUAGAGCACCCAAAAGGUAACAGAGCAUUGCAGGCCAUUUGGAUCGCAGUAGUUGUCGCAGGCCUGGUGUGUUUGAUCAUUGGGAUUGUUAAGUACCUGCUUCACAAAAAAUCCACAAGUACAACUUUUGAACCAGUUUAAUGUCCUCGCUGGAGGAAUACGCAGGCAGCAUGCAGUUAAUUGGGAUAACUAUUCAAACACUUUCUCAAAGUUUUAAGUGGUAUGGGGAGAGGGUGGAUUGGCGAAGCUGAAGCAGACGAUCAGCCAUGAUUGUAUUCAAUGGCAGAACAGAACUGAGGGGACACAUAACCUAUUCCUAUUGCUUACCUUCCUAUAACAAAAGAAGUGUGUUUCGAAAGUACUUUAGUGGCUCCAAAAGGUGGAGAAAGAUAUUUAAGAAAUGCAAGUCUUUCUUUCUUUCCCCACAAAUACUCUGCUCUUCCCCCCAGUUCCCCCCAGAUCUGCCAAGAACAAUCCAUUACUUAACUUCUUAAUUGUGACUACUUACUGUCUCUUCCACUUUGCAACCAUGGAAGGGGGUCCACACUCUGGGAGGAGAGCCAGGAAGUGGUUGGCAGCAAAUGGCUGCAGCUCAUUAGGGCUCUACAAGGUAUUGCCAUUAAUGAAGUUCCAAACGCAAACAGCACUCUCGGAAGACAGAUGAACCCGAGCAGACGUAACGACUAAUCUUCAUAUAAGGCCUACAUUAUCGUAAUUAGAAUUAAAUGAAGAGCAUCUGGCAUGUCAUUUACCACACCAUUUUGUUUCUGAAACGUGUCUGCAUUUCCAGGCAUGGACAGAAUAUCAAUCAUAUUCCGUUAUUUAUGAGCUAUUAAUGCUCCUUUCUUCAUCCUCUCUCUCUCAAAGAUGCCAACUCUUUUAAAUCCAGAUUCACCUGCAGAUCCUCAUUUGUCCUCCUGUCUUUGUGCAUGAGGCCAAACAAAACGUACAAGAAAGUAAUUCAACCACUGGGGCCAUCGCACACUGAACAAAUACAACUGCACCCAGUGAUGGCACUUGUUAAAUUUAUCCUUCUACGAGAUGCGGGCAUCACCAGCAAGGCCAGCAUUUGUUAUCUAUUCCUAACCAAGUAUCUCAAUAGACCAUUUCACAAAACAGUUAAGAAUCAACUAUGCUGUGAGGAGGAGAUGCUGACUUCGGACUCGGGUGGACAAGGUCAGAAAUCACAACCUCCAGGUUAUAGUCCAACAGGCUUAUGCUUGUGGUAUCGUGUGAUUUCUCACAUUGUUGUGGGUCUGGAGUCAAAAACAGGGCAAAUCAUGUAAGGUUCCAGAUUUCCUUAAAGGGCAUCAUGAACCAGACAGACUUUUGCAACAAUGAUAACUGCCAUGGCAACCAUUAAUCAGAUUAGAUUACAAUUCCAGACUUAUCCAUUGGAUUUAGAUUCCAUCAGCUGCUGCGGUGAGAUCUGAACCAGUGCUUCCAGAGCUGGAGCCAAGGCCUCUGGAUUAUCAACAUCAGCACUUCAGCACCGUCUCAUCUCACCAAGCAUAAAACAAAGCUCCCUCAUAGAGGGAGUGAUACGGUCCCUGUCAUGAGUAAUGUCUGGAGAAUGUUUCCUUCAUUAGCACAGAGGUGGUGAUCCAAACAAAUCAUGCAUUCAGCUAACUCAGGCUGAGAUCAUUUUUCUUUUAAUUCAUUCAUUCAUGAGAUGUGGGCGUUGCUGGAUAAGUUGAUAUUUAUUGCCCAUUCUGAAUUAUCCAGGGGGCAGUUACGAGUCAAUCACAUUGAGAUGGGUCUGGAGUCAUAUAGAGACCAGACCAGGAAAGGACGGUUGAUCGCUUUCUCCAAAUUUAUUGAACCAGAUAUCUUGUCAUGACAAUUGUAUGGCCACCAUUAAACUAGAUUUCAAUUUCA